GAAGUCAUAGUGCACAUGGUAGUCCUAGCACACAUGACAGUCCUCAUGGAAGUCAUAACGCACGUGAGAGUCCUCAUGGAAGUCACAGUGCACAUGAGAAUCCUCAUGGUAGUCCUAGCGCACAUGACAGUCCUCAUGGAAGCCAUAACGCACAUGAGAGUCCUCAUGGAAGUCAUACCGCACAUGAGAGUCCUCAUGGAAGUCACAGUGCACAUGAGAAUCCUCAUGGAAGUCACAGCGCUCAUGAGAAUCCUCAUGGAAGUCACAGCGCUCAUGAGAAUCCUCAUGGAAGUCACAGCGCUCAUGAGAAUCCUCAUGGAAGUCACAGCACUCAUGAGAAUCCUCAUGGAAGUCCUAACGCACAUGAGAGUCCUCAUGGAAGUCCUAGCGCACAUGAGAAUCCUCAUGGAAGUCAGAGCGCUCAUGAGAAUCCUCAUGGAAGUCCUAGCGCACAUGAGAGUCCUCAUGGAAGUCAUAGUGCACAUGGUAGUCCUAGUGCACAUGAGAAUCCUUAUGGAAGUCACAGCGCUCAUGAGAGUCCUCAUGGAAGUCAUAGUGCACAUGGUAGUCCUAGCGCACAUGAAAAUCCUCAUGGUAGUCCUAGCGCACAUGAGAAUCCUCAUGGAAGUCCUAGCGCACAUGAGAGUCAUCAUGGUAGUCAUAGCACACAUGAGAAUCCUCAUGGAAGUCAUAGUGCACAUGAGACCAGUCAUGCAGGUUUGCAUGCAAGUCAUCACUCACAUGAAAUUCCACAUGGGAGUCAUACCUCACAUGGAAGUCACAGCUCUCACGGGAUUCCUCAUGGAAGUCCUAGCGCACAUGAGACUAGCGCCCAUGAGACGCAUCACGGAAGUCUGUACUCAAGUCAUAGCUCACAUACGACUGGUGGACAUGAAAGCAGUAGUUCACAUCAGACCCAUAAAAAAGAUGAAACUCAAAAUAUUUAUAACACUCAUAACCCACACGAAACUCAUAGCCAGCAUCACCAGCAUGGGGCUCAUAAACCACAUGGAGCUCAUAAUUCGCAUCGGCUACAUAACCUGCAUCAACACGUGCAUCGGACCUAUAGGCCAUCGUUUCACCAUCGGCUGGAAGGUGAAGCGCUCCAUGAAAAAUCUGAGAGGGAAAGAGGAGGUCACGGGACCGCAAAGCACACUUCUGAUAAAGAGGGAGAGGAGGCAGAAAAGGGGAAGAGGAAAGGUAGAUCUCGAGAGCGAUUCUAUCUUCUAGUGAUUCAUAACUGGCUGCUCAAAGUUAUCAAAAUUCAGGCUGACAGUUGUGAGUCCGUCUGUGUCACUUGGAAUUUACUUCCGUUUUAUUUUGUCAAAAUAAUCUGAUACCAUAGUGCAAUUCCACUUAUUAUAUUAUAUACGAUUUGAAAUAUUAAAAUCUCUUUAAGAAAUACACUUAACACAGAAUCUGGUUAUAGAUCUGGCUUGGAGACGCUUUUCUCCCAAAUAUUUUGUCCAAUCAGUUAUGAAACACGGGUUUUUCAGCUUCAUAGAACAAAGUAAGCUCCUUCUCUUAGACAAAAUGUAGUGGGAUCCCCUUUCAUUAGACCCUGUGUAGCACCGACAGUGACCCUUAGGCAAUGCUGGCUCCAGCUGUGAAACUGUAAAGAGCUGUAGGAGGCUGAAGCCUUUGAAUGAUGUGAAUAAAAAAUCCUAAACUAAGAAUCCUUCAACCCUUAAGGGCUUCUGCAACUCUUGAUCUCAGGAGAGCCCCAAGCCAAACAGUUGUUUGGAAUCAUAUACGAUGAUUUCAAAGGUAAGAGAUCCACAUUUCAGAACCAGGAGGAG